AUGACGAACCCGGAGGCGCAGCUGCCGCCAGGCUUCCGAUUCCACCCGACUGACGAGGAGCUCAUCCUCUACUACCUGAGGAACCAGGUUAUCUCGCUGCCGUGCCCGGUUUCCAUCAUCGCUGAAGUCGACAUCUACAAGUUCAAUCCGUGGGAUCUACCUGGUGAGAGGGCAUCGACCUGCGCCCGCGGACGGCCAUCUUCUUGUUUCCUCUCUUCCUUUACGUGCUCUCUGAACGACCAACGCCGCGGGCGGUGUCGAUAUUUUUGGUUGCAGCUAAGGCGAUGUUCGGAGACAGGGAGUGGUACUUCUUCAGCCCGAGGGACCGCAAGUACCCCAACGGGAUGCGCCCGAACCGGGCAGCGGCCUCCGGCUACUGGAAGGCCACGGGCACCGACAAAGUGAUACUGACGUCGGGCCCGCAGAAGGAGAACAUUGGGGUGAAGAAGGCCCUCGUCUUCUACAAGGGGAGGCCUCCCAAGGGCGUCAAGACCAGCUGGAUCAUGAAUGAAUACCGCCUGGUCGAUUCACCUGACGCAAAACACAACGGGAGGCACACCAAGCACCUCGACUCCAUGAGGGUGAGAUACCUGUUAUUUCUAAUCUCGCAUGGGGUUCGAAAUCUAGUGUAAUUGAUUCAUGCAUCGCUCGAACCCGGGAACGUAGCUUGACGUACUUACAGAAAUUUCGACCUUUAAAAGAAUGAACGCCUAUUCAUAUCUCUCGUGUCUCCGAUAUUUGCAGUUGGAUGAUUGGGUACUCUGCCGGAUUUACAGAAGGCCCAAUGGUGGACCCGUCUCAUCAUCCGGCGGCGACUGCUUCGAGACCAAUCCUGAGGACUCGGGCUUCCCCGUGGGACCUUGGGCGGCUCCAGGAGAGGCUGACAUCAAGCUCUCGAAGUCUUUCUCGAGCGAACUGCUCCAUGAUGCGGACUACUCCGUGUUAUCUAGGCUACUUUAUGAAAAUCAGCUGGGGUUCACCCCAGAGCUCGGUUACCAUCUGGGUCACGCCACGCUAAACGGCCAGACCCUUCCCCACGCUGGAGGAGACAACUCCGUCGACGUCUCGCGGGAGUCUCCUUCUGUCAUCGGAAACUGUCAAAAGCGCCAGAGAACGUCGGCAGACUAUCUAGGGGAAGUUGGCACCUCGUCCUUGGAUCAGCCGAAGAGAUAUAACAGUGCAUGCAAAAGCUACACCGCCUCCGCCUAUCAAAUGGACGAGAGUCCUCCUCGUUGCAGCGUUCUCACCCAACCGUUUCUACACCAGAACAUAAUGUUGACCUCCAACCUAGGAUUUCAGUGA